CAAACCUCUAUCAUUAUCAUCCAUACAUAAUAAACCCAAUUAAUCCCAUUAAUAAUUUUAAUCAUGGCGAGCGAAGAGUUUCGUUUGGUGUCACCAAAAAUAAGCAACGAAGGAAAAUUACCAAGAAAAUACACAGAAGAAGGGCAAGGAGCGCAGAAGAACUUGUCUCCACCAUUAGAGUGGUACAAUAUUCCUCAAGGGACUAAGAGCUUGGCCUUAGUGGUUCAGGACAUAGACGCACCUGAGCCAAGUGACCCUAUUGUGCCUUGGGUGGUUUGGGUGGUGGCCAACAUUCCACCCACCCUCAAGGGCCUCCCCGAGGGGUUCUCCGGUAAGGAAGGGGAAGCCGGAGAAGACUAUGCGUCGGUUCAAGAGGGUUAUAACGAUUCCAAACUUCCUGGGUGGCGUGGACCUAAGGUGCCUCAUAGUGAUGCUCAUCGCUUUGAGUUUAAGCUUUAUGCUUUGGAUGAUCUAGUUCAUCUUGGCAACAAGGUUACGAAGGACAAGCUGUUGGAGGCAAUAGAAGGGCAUGUGUUGGGAGAAGCUGAACUUGUUGCCAUUUUUUAAAUUAAAGGAUACAUUUCAUUUCUUAGCCUUUAAUAAUAAUAAUAAUAAUAAUAAUAAUAAUAAUAAUAAUGACAUUUGUACGGACCAUUUGAUAAUUAAUGUCUUUUAUUUGAAAUAUAUGUAUAAUAAAUUAGAUUGAAAUAUUA